UUUUUAUAAAAUGAUUUGAGACAAAUUGAUGUAAACACAACAAAUAAUUUAAAAUAUAAUUAUUUUAUUAUUAUAAUUUUUUCUAAAUUAUUUUCAAUUUGUAAAUAAUUUUUGUUUUUAUUUUAGUUUUCUAUAUUUUCUGUGUAUUAAGAGUUCAUAUAUUAUAGUUAAAUGAUAUGGAAUUUACAGAUUUCAAUAAAUUUUUAAGAAUCAAAAGAAGUUCAAAUGAAAGCUUGACCGAAAGGGUAAAACUAAAAAAAGUAUAUGGAGUUACAGUAUGUAGCAGCUCAGCUUUAGAUUUAGCAUCUACUUCAGGUGUUGUUGCCUAUCCAGCAGGAUGCACGGUAGUGUUAUAUAAUUUAAAAAAACAUAGUCAAUCUUACAUUAUAAAUUCUUCUAAAAAAGCUAUUACGGCAUUAUCUUACUCAAAAUGCGAAAGAUAUUUAGCCACAGGAGAAUGCGGAAUUAAUCCAACCAUAAAAAUAUGGGAAUUAAAUACUUCUCUUGAAAGUUCGGAAAAUCUUGGAGGAAAUUUAAUUGGUGAAUUUUUAGGGCACAAAUACGCUAUUGCGUGUGUUGCUUUUUCGCCAAAUGGAAAAUUUUUGGUUUCAGUGGGUUCCCAACAUGAUAUGAUUAUAAACGUUUUUGAUUGGAAAUUAAAUUUGAAAAUAGCUUCAAACAAAGUUAGUGCUAAGGUGACUGGCAUGUCUUUUAGUAGUGAUGGAAAUUACUUUGUUACCGUUGGUAAUCGGCAUGUUAAGUUUUGGUACUUGGAAGGAUUCCGAAAGAGUAAAGAGCCUAUUCCUUUAAUGGGACGAAGCGCUAUCUUAGGAGAAUUGAGAAACAACGAUUUUUGUGGGGUAUGUUGCAGUAAAAAUGAAAUAAGUGGAAGCACAUAUGCUAUAACAAAAAGUGGUCAUCUGGUAGAGUUUAAUUCAAGAAGAUUACUUGACAAAUGGGUGGCAUGUCGAUCAGCUUCGGCGAAUUGUAUUAGUGUUACUUCACAUUAUAUUUUAGUUGGAUGUUCAGAAGCAAUUAUAAGAAUAUUCAACUGUGUUACAUUAGAGUAUAUUACUACAUUACCUAGAACGCACUAUUUGGGUGUUGACGUUGGACUAGGAACGUCCAUCAAUCAUAUAACCUCUGCCCCGACAGAUGCAAAGUAUCCUGAUACGUUGGCGAUGGUUUUUGAUGAUUCUCGAUCAAAAGCGUUUUGUGUUUAUAAUGAUCAUAGUAUUUACGUUUGGGAUUUAAGGGAUAUUAAUCGGGUUGGAAAGAGUCAGUCAUUUUUAUAUCAUUCAGCCUGCAUAUGGGGUGUUGAAACAUUACCAGACUGUGAUGAACCACAUAUUAGACCCGAUAAUUGUUUUUUGACAUGUUCUUCAGAUGAUACUAUACGAUUUUGGGGCCUAGAAAAUAACUAUCGGAAUAGUACAUUUCCCGCAAAUAUUUAUAGUAAAGAGUUGUUAAAGGCUCUGUAUAUUGAUGAACAUUUGAAUUUUUUAAAAGAUAACGACAAUUUAAUUUUUGGUUCCGAUAAAAAUAGUAGCUACGAUGGAAGGAAUGGGGUUCGUUGCGUUAAAGUAAGUCCGUGUCAAAAUCAUUUGGCAACUGGGGAUCGAAAUGGAAAUAUAAGAAUAUACUCUCUCUAUAACCUAACUUUGAUUAAAACGAUAGAAGCACAUGAUUCAGAAGUCUUAUGCUUGGAGUACACCCAUGGUGGAAUUGAAAGGCGUUUAUUAGCAAGUGCCAGUCGAGACCGAUUAAUCCAUGUCUUUGACAUGGAGCAAGACUAUCAACUUUUGCAAACUCUAGAUGAUCAUUCAAGUAGUAUUACAUCCGUUAAAUUUAUUGGAAAGAAAAAUGAUAUUCAAAUGAUUUCAUGUGGAGCUGAUAAAUCUAUUUUAUUUAGACACUUUCAACAUAAUCAAUUUAUAAGGGACACAAACUGUUCCGGAAAAACUACGUUAUAUGAUAUGGAGGUGGAUAAUAAAGGUAAACAUGUUCUAACAGCUUGCCAAGAUCGAAAUAUACGAAUUUAUACAACGCAAAACGCAAAACAUACUAAAACCUUUAAAGGAUCAAUGUCUGAAGAUGGAGGAUUAAUUAAGUUAAGUUUGGAUCCCACUGGAAUUUACAUAGCAACUUCCUGCACUGAUAAAACUUUGUCUAUUUAUGAUUAUUAUUCGAGCGAGUGUAUGGCUCGUAUGCAUGGUCACAGUGAACUAGUGACUGGAUUAAAAUUUACAGUAGAUUGCAGAUAUUUAGUGUCUGCAAGUGGCGAUAGCUGUAUUUUUAUCUGGGAAAUGCCUCAUGAAAUGAUUAUUACAAUGCAAGCAAGAUUGUCUCAACAAAAAGGUAGAAGUGGAAAAUCUCUUCUUGCACAGUAUCAAAUUCGUCCUGUAUCAGAAAAUAUGGAAUCUAGUGGAAGCACAGCGAAUUCUAUUGUGAAUGAAGAUUACUAUAACGCGUCAAGAAUGAAAUUUAUUUUAGACACGGCGGAAAAACCUAAUACAAAGCUUUUUGAAAUUGGACAAUUACCGCUAUGGGCAAAAAAGAAGUCCUACAUAAAUGAAACCGAUUUUGAACAACCUUCAAGUAGUAGUAAUCAAGUGGGUUCAAAAUUACUUCCAGCCCCUAAACCGCGAGGCCGUUGGGCUCGUACAAAAUUUUCUGAUAGUUCAGAUGUUUUAAGUAAUAUUAGUGACAGUCCAACAUUUAAUAACUUCCAAAAUAUCCUUGCCUCAAAUUUUGAUAACAACGAUAACAGUUAUAUGAGUGAAGACAGUUCUAUUGACAGUGGAUUAGACGCAAAAAAACGGGCACAUAAAUCUAAAAUUAUUGACAAAAACAAAGAUCUUUCUUCUUUAGAUUUUGAGACGAAUAAUGAUAAUGACGGUGAUGUUGAAGAUAUUUCAGAUGGAGAACGCACUAGUUCUGAUCAUGGAUUAUAUUACCCUAGUUAUCCUACGACGGUCGCUAUGGAUUUUAAAGUAAACGAAAUGAACAAAGAAGAAUUAAAAAAAACUGCACGAAAAAACAAGUUUGAUAAAAAAAUUCUUAUUUCAAACUCUUCAGCUGGAGGAAUUUCGCCUAGUGUUUCUGAUACCAACACAUGCUUAUCAGACACAGAUGAUGGCGGCUCUACUCCAAGUGGAGAAAAUGCAGAUCGUUCAUUGAAUUCUGCAUUGGGUGGUAGUUUCGAAAAUAUUCCGCAAAGGGCAUCUUCACAGUUCCUGCAGAUAGCUAUAGAUGGUCCACAAACUUUAAGUGCAAGAAAUAACGAAAGCCGAAGAAGUAUUAGUGCAAAACAUAAAACUGAGUACAAGGAUAAACCCAAAUCGUAUUCCAAUACCAAAAAAGAAGAACUUUUAAAAGUAAUAAAGGAGGCUAAACUGAAAUUAGAAAAUGUUGGUUAUCGAUCAAAUCUUCGGACAAGCCAAAGUACAUUUGAUUUAAAUUUUUGUGGAGGAAGGGAUAUUCUCCAUCAAAAAAAAGAAGAGAGUGACACUAACUCAAGCCAGGUUGGGGAUUAUAAUAUACGUAGAGCUUUAUCCUUAAGUGAUUUAUGCUGGACAAAAGGAACACCUAGCAAAACAUCAAGUUCAAUAUUAAGGCGAAAAGGAUCAAAAACACACGGCAGCGCAAAUCUUGCUGAAAACUCCGGAGAUGAUGAUUCAAGUUUUGAUGAAUUAGAAAGUAAAAUGAACAAAUUUCACUCAAGUAUUAGCAAAAGAUCUAGUUUACCUGAACAUAAAAAUUUUGAGAACAAAAUUAAAAGUCUUCCACAUCAAGAUUUCAGAGUUACUACAGAUGAAUGUUUACAUGUUGCUACUAUAUUGAACAACAGUGCAUACGCAGCUGCAGAAUUAUUCUGGAAAUUAAGUAAAAAUCCAGAGUUUAAAGAAAAUGAUAAUAAUUUGGCAGCUGUGAAAGAAUUAGAAAGAUCUAUUGUUAUGGCACAUAAUAUUUUAAAAAACAUAUCAAUAAAAAAAUAACUUAUCUGCUUGAUUUAGAAUUUAACUUAAAUUUACUAAAUAAUUCUUAUUUUGUAAGAACACAAAUAUAACACAGCGCAUGCGUAAGUACUAACUAGAAUUAAUAAUAAACGUUAUUUUUAAAGUAUAUGAUUAUACAAUCACUUCAAAUUGCUUAAACUUUAUCUUUUGGUUAAACAUCAUUAUUCGUUGUAAGUCAAUUCGUAUUAUUUAAUAUUCUUGCGCAGUAAAACCAUUUUGAUAAGCACAUUUUAUUGAGCGACUAUUGCUUGAGUAUUAUACAUCUAUUUGUGUAAGCCUAAAAAAGCGAAUUUAAAAUAAUUAUUUCUCAGUUUAUUUGCAUUCAAAAUUUGGUAUAAUAUGUGUUAAGAUUUUUUUCUAAAUUAUUUGAAAAAAGUUAAAUUAUUUGAAUUAAGAUUUACAAGAGAAACAAUGUAAUUUUGCAGUUUAAAUUUUUUCUAAUUAAGAUUUUUAAUUUGCAAAAUGCAAAAUCAAAAGUUUCAAUUAUAAGGAGAAAUUUGCUGCAAAAAUGAUUUCAUUCCUAGUCCGCAUAUUUUAAUAAGAAUGCAUAACAAAUUAACUUGGUUUCAUUUCAUUUUAUUAUAGUAUAUGCUGAACAAAACAGGCAUUCUAUAUAAUUUUUUGUUUUUUAAACUUUAUUAUGAUUAUAUUGUUAUUCGAAUGAUAGUGACGUGGUAUCAAUCUACAGAAGAUUAAAAAUAAUGUGUAUUCUGAUUUAGGUUAACGCUAAAAAAUCAACAAUGGUAUUAUGUGCAUAUGAAUGCUUUUAUUAUUUUAUCAUUUUCCAUAUGAGUUAUGGAUUGCAGUUUUAUCUGAAAACUACAUGAGACUUCGUUUAACGUGCCAAUGUAUUAUUUUUUUAAUUUAUUGCAUGAUAUGACUCAAAUUCAAAUAUGUGUAGGUUAUUAACAUUCUGCAAAAGAUUAUUAUAUAGAAUUAAAAGGUUUUUGAUAAAAAUUUAUAAUAUUCUUACAGUAAAAACUUAAAAAAAAUCAACGAAU